AUGGUGCGGCAGCUAAAAGAGGCUGCUCUUCUGGCAGAAUCACCUAAGGACGUCUUCUGCUUUUCUCGAACCUUUGAAGAUCUCACCUGUUUCUGGGAUGAGCCGAUAGUGGCAAAGCAGGUGGAUAGGGCGUAUCGCUUCUUUUACACAUACAAAGGAGAACGGCACAGAGAAUGCAUGCUGACCUCCGAGAAACAGAGUGAUGGAAGCUGGCGCCAUAUCUGCAUCUUUCCCAAUGACCAUAAUAGUGUCAAACUCUUCGUAGAGCUUUAUGUUGAGGUGCUAGACAGCUUUGCCAAUUAUACCAUACUCUCCCAGAAUCUCUCAGUGGAAACUGUUGGUCUCAUUUCUCCACCAGAGAAUAUAACAGCUGAAUGGCCCAGGGUGGCAAGACAGUUGCGGGUGAUCUGGGAUCCCCCAUCCCUCAGCUAUAUGGAAUUCUUGGUCUAUGAGGUUCUUUAUGGUGUUGAAGACUCUGGGCAGCCUCCUUCCAGGAUUGAAGUGAGGAACAGCCACACAUGUCGCCUCCGUGAUCUGCUCCCCGGGCAGCAGUACCAGAUCCAAGUGCGCUCCAAACCGGAUGGCCUGUCUCUUGAUGGGCUCUGGGGACCCUGGUCUCCAUCAGUGUUAGCAGAGACACCCCAUCUCCCUGGAGAAAUUGGCCUGCACUGCUUCACUCCUGACUUGCACCAACUGCGCUGCCAUUGGGACUGGGAGCCCACAGAGCCUGGAACCUCUCACAGCAUCCUGUACUGGGCAGAAGACAACAGCAGCAGCACAAGAACACAAGCCUGGCAUAAAUGUGAGGAAGAAGAGAGAAUUAAGCCUCAUUAUCAUCCUAGCUUCCACAUCUGCACCUUCCAGCCUAGCAAUAGCAGUUACAUCUCUGUCCUGGUAAUUGUCACACAUGGACAACCCCAGAAAGAGGUGAAUUACUUCAAGGAGCCGUUUGCCUUGCGCCAAGUGGUGCUCACUUCCCCACCAAGGAUCCUGCAACCUAAUGUGGGGAAAGGGAUACUAAAGCUGGAGUGGGUCACACCCCUGGAGGCAUUAGCUGAGCACAUGGUAUAUCAGAUACGGUAUGCUGUACAAGACACCCUGAAGUGGAAGGUGUUGCACGUGCAGUAUUCAACAAUGUGUGAAAUCCUGGACCUGGUCGCUGGAGGUCAUUACUGCCUACAGCUGCGUACUCGGCCAGAUGGACAGAAGUACCAGGGGGUUUGGAGUGCCUGGUCAAGUGCUGAAUGCAUUGAAAUCCCACCUGGAUCAGGUUCAACUGUCUUGGGUGUGGCAAUCACACUGUUGUUCUGUGCUGGACUUGUGCUGGGCCUGGGCUGCACUUGCCUUUCCACAUACAGCAGUGUGAAACAAAAGCUCUGGCCACCCAUCCCAGACCUUCAGCAUGUCCUGGAUGGAUUCCUUGAGGACAACAGCAAGCAACAUCAGCAGGUGAAUGCUUUCUUCUGCAACAAGACCCAGGAGAACACACCUUUGACUUGCCCACUGGAAGUCCUGUCUGAGGUGCCCCCGGAUGUACAAAGCUGCGGCCCUCUUCCGGAUGCAAUAGAGCAGAUGGAAUGGGAUAACCAGCUUUCUUCUUACCAGCACUACAUGGUGCUGAGUCCUAGCAGUACCCAAGCGAGCAAUCAGGAAAAUGAAUACUUUGAUGGCGCAGAGGAUGGGUCUGACACCUUCCCCAUGCCCUUGGAAUAUGGCUCACACACUGCUUCAAAGCCUAAAGUCCACCUUAGUUCUUUUACCUUGUGCAGCGUGCCACUUUCUGCCUGUGAGAUAAAAGAGGAAAGAAGCGUAGACGUUUCUGAGGAACAGCCUGCAUCCCCCACACAUAUCUCAAACCAGUCUUACUUGCUGAUGGGCUGA